AUGUGGUGGCUGCUGGGCCAGCUGUGCACCUGCCUCGGAAGGGAGAAGGAGGCAAGCCCCCUCCUUCCCGAAGAGGAGUCUGGCGGGGGAGUUGACUAUGGCUACGCCGUGGCCAAGAACGAACGGUCGCACAUGGAAGAUGCUGUGGACAUCAAGGACGAUGUUGCUGGAUAUAGGUUCUUUGCUGUCUACGACGGACAUGCAGGGAGUCAAGCUGUCAUUGUCGCAAAGGAGAAUCUCCCCAGAAUCUUGGGACGCUACCUGCAGGAUGAGGAGAAUGUGGAGGGUGCCAUCAAAGCUGCUUUCAAAGCUGCAGAUGAAGAGGUCAUGCAAGUUCUUGUGAAUAACAAGGUCACGGCUGACGCACAAACAUCAUCGGGGACAGUAGCUUGUCUUGGCCUGCUGAAGAACAAGGAGAUGUGGAUUGCCAACCUGGGUGAUUGCCGGGCUGUAGUGUCCAAAGAUGGCAAUGCAACGGCAAUUUCCCGGGACCAUGCCCCGGAAAAGAACGUGGCUGAGGCAGCACGUUUGAAGCAAUCGGGGGUCAGCGUUGAAGCCGGCUAUGUUGACGAGCACGUUGCGGUAUCAAGAGCCUUGGGCAAUGUGCGUUUCUGCACUGGCAACAAGGUGAAUGGCAUCAUGAAUGAGCCUGAGGUGUUCCGGGUGCCGAUUGAUGACGACGUCGACUUCAUGAUGAUCGGGUCAGAUGGCAUCUGGGAUGCAUUAAAGGAACAGUUUGCCCUGACGCAUGCCCGCAAGGCACUCCGAACCACGGCACUGCCGCAGGAUGCUGCACUUUCGAUCCUGCAAAAUGCAGGUAGGGUCAGCAGGGCAGACAACGCUGCAGUGAUUGUGAUUGUGUUCAAAUUCCCAGAGCCGCUGCCGAAACGGGAAACGCGGCAUAGAGUUCCUCUGGACAAGUUGCAGGAACCGUCUGCGUAA